AUGAUUAGGAAUGGUCGGUUAAAUUCUCUACCCAAAAACUUUCGUAAGUUGUCGCCAUUUCUGGAUGAUGCGGGUUUCGUCAGGGUGGGCGGACGCUUGGCAAAUGCUAAAGUAGAUUAUAGUAUCAAACAUCCCCUUCUAUUACCUCGCAAUCAUCGUCUCACACAACUUAUAAUUGAAGAUUGUCACCAGAGAUUUAUGCACCCUGGUGCACAGACUCUCCUUAAUAUUCUCGCGCAAAGUUUUUGGAUUUUGUCGCCGAAGAGAGCGAUUCGUUCUGUGAUCGCUAAUUGUGUAAAUUGUUUUCGUGUUAAACCUCAACCAGCUCCAACUCCUCUUAUGGGAAAUCUGCCUACAUAUCGUGUUAAUCAGUUAAAACCCUUUUCGAACGUUGUGGUUGAUUACGGGGGUCCUUUUGAUAUUGCAUUAGGUCGGGGUCGUGGCGUAAAAACGUAUAAAGGUUACAUUUGUGUUUUUAUUUGUGCUGCCACAAAAGCUAUCCACAUCGAGUUGGCGUCGGAACUUUCUACUGAAGCCUUUUUAGCUGUGUUGAAGCGGUUUAUCGCGCGAAGAGGUCGUUGUAGCCAUAUUGUGUCGGAUCAGGGGAGAAAUUUCGUUGGGGCUAGCAAUUAUCUUGACUCGGUUAUGAAAAAGGUAACAGAAACUCAGGAAAUUAAAUUCUCGUUAAGCCCUCCUGGUAGUCCACACUUUAAUGGGUUAGCAGAAGCGGGUAUAAAAUCGGUGAAAACUCAUCUAGCUCGAGUUAUUGGUCUUCAAAGAUUAACCUUUGAAGAGUUCUAUACAGUUUUAACACAAAUAGAAUCUAUGUUGAAUUCUCGACCUCUAUCGCCUAUUAGCUGUGACGCUAAUGAUCUGUCGGUUUUGACACCAGGUCACUUUCUGACAUUAGAACCCUUGUCGUCCCUUCCAGAAGAGAAUAUUACUAAUCAAUCUAUUAGCGUUCUCCAACGAUGGAAGUUAGUUCAGAAAAUGCAUCAGGACUUUUGGCGCCGUUAUCAACGUGAAUAUAUUCAUACGCUUAAUCAAAGAGCUAAAUGGAACAAAAAUUACACUAAUAUAACUAUUGGCACAUUAGUACUAAUCAUAAAUGAACAAUCGAGUCCUUUAAAAUGGACUAUGGGUCGCAUUGUCGCUCUACACCCAGGAAUUGAUGGUGUUUGUAGGGUAGUGACAGUUAAAACUGCGACUUGUCAAUACAAACGACCAGUUGUUAAAAUUUGUCCUUUACCUAUGGCUAAUUAA